AUGGCUAAACAUCACCCGGACUUGAUCUUUUGCCUCAAGCAGGCUCGUGCUGCCAUUGGAAGACUGUGUGAAAGAUGUGAUGGCAAGUGUGUGAUCUGUGACUCCUAUGUGUGUCCCUGCACCCUGGUGCGCAUGUGUGAUGAAUGUAACUAUGGCUCUUACCAGGGACGCUGUGUGAUCUGUGGAGGCCCCGGAGUUUCAGAUGCCUAUUUUUGUAAGGAGUGCACCACCCAGGAGAAAGACAGAGAUGGUUGCCCAAAGAUUGUCAGUUUUGGGAGCUCUAAGACAGAUCUCUUCUAUGAACGCAAAAAAUAGGGCUUCAAGAAGAGGUGAUUGGUGGGCUGCCUCUUCCUCCCCCCAUCAAGCUGCUGCAGCUGCCAAAAGAGAUGCCUACAGAAAGGAAGCG